UGGAAGAUCAGAUCAAACAAAACCCUAAUUAAAUUUUGCGAGUAUCUUCCUCUUUUCUUCAAUCCUAUAUUUUCCGAGAUCAAGGGUUUUUCGGAAUUCUCGAAUUUUUGACAAUCCGUACAGAUUUCGCAGUUAGAGCUUGUUGAUUUGAAUCAGCCAUGGGAGGCCACGGUGGUUUGAAUAUUCUUCCGCAGAAGCGGUGGAACGUUUACAACUUCGACAACAGAGAAAAAGUCCGAAAAGACGAGGAAGCUGCCGCCAAGGAAGAGCAGAUUAAGCGCGAGGAAGCCAGGAAACGAGACGCCGAGUCUCGUCUCGAGGUGCUUCGUAACGUCCGUGGCUUGGCGCCUCUCAAACGAGCUUCUCCGGAGGCAGAGAAGGGCAAAUAUGAGGUGGCGGUGGUGGCUUCCGCCGCCGCUACUUCCACCGCUGUGAAGAGCGUUGAACCGGAGGAGCCAAAGACGGGUCAUAUCAACCUAUUUGAAGGAAUUAAGAUAUUUGAUCCGAUUGAGUUGCCGAAGAACGAUAAGCCUGCGGAGGAGGAAGAUCACAGGAGGAAGAAGAUGAGGAAAGAAGCGGCUGCGACGGCGAGGGCUUCUGCGAAGGAUGCAGCAGCGAGAGCAGGGGAUCCUGAUGAGGAGAAGUAUAGAUUGGGGUAUGGUGUUGCUGGUAAAGGAGUGAAGCGUCCUUGGUACCUUGAGAACAAGCGUAAGGAUGAAGAUGGUGUUCGUGGUGAGGAUGAUGAUGAUGAUGGUGGGUACAGAGGAGGUGAAGCCAAGAAGAAGAGUGGGAAUGGGAAGAAGAGCUUGAAGGAAUUGAGAGAAGAGCGGUUGAAGAGGGAGAGGAUUGAGAAGGAAAGAGAGAGAGCCCUUUUCAUGAAACAGAGCCAGACAAACGGUGGUUUUUCACGGAGGAGGUGAGUGACCAGCUUCUACGAUUUGUUUUCCGGUUAUAGCAACACAGGUUUUGAGCUAUGGAAUCUAUAUUGCACGCAAGGUCUCUUAACAGAUAUGUUUAUUGCUUAUCAAUGUACGAUUUCUUGAGGAGUGAAAAUUGAGAGUUCUUGAUUUGAUCAGUCUCUCGUUUUGACGAUGAAUAUAGAACAUGAGUAAUGCCUCAAAUGAUGUUUUCUCUUGAAUUGCUUGCACACAGCCUAGGAAAAUCUGUUAUUGUAUAUGAUUCUUCUUGAGUAAUAAAAUUAAGUGUUCUUGAUU